AUGGAUCAAAUACAAACAACAACAACAACAAAACACAACAACAAUAACAAUAAUGAUAAUAAUAUAAACAAUGUAUUCUAUCAAGUGAUUAGAAACAAGGUCAUAAAAAAAAGAAUAUUUAAGUUUAUUAAAGACCAAGGAUUACUUUCUAGACCUCAACUACCCGAUGGGUAUGAAAAGAGUUCUGGUGCCCAAUUGACUGACUUUAAACCAGUAGGAAAAAGUAUAAAGGCUAUGAAACUAGAAUCGGUGAUUGGUUACUUUGGCAUGUCACACUAUUUUCUCAGACCGUUGAUGAAACACGGUCGAUAUCAUUUGAAUGAUGCCAUUAGGUUAUACUGUCAACACCCAAAUGCAGAGCUUACAACUCUCCUCUAUCUCUUACAAUGCAACGUUCAAGAUAUUAUGGAUAUUGGUAGUCAGAUACUAUGUGAUGUUGCAUGUGGUGGCAACAUUGAAAUAUUCAAGUAUCUAGUAGAUCAUUAUGGUUUCACUAUACCAAUCUCUACAACCACAACUCUUUCAACAUUACCAAAGAGACAACAAGACAAAGAAGAACUUCCUAUAAAAGAUGAAGAUUUAGUAUUUUCAAUCAAUGUUAAAGAUGAAGUAGAUAGACCAUUGGAACAUUUAAUAGAUAUGGCUGCAUCCAAAGGAAAUAUGGAAAUGUUAAAAUAUUUAAAUGGAAUUGAAGGUCAAAAAGCAUCUAAAGAUGCAAUUGAUUCUGCUGCGCAACACGGUAGAUUAGAUGUAAUACAAUGGCUUCAUUCAAAUAGGAGUGAAGGAUGUAGUUUUAGAGCAAUACAAUUUGCCUGUGAAAAUGGAGAUGUGGAGAUGGUUCAAUGGCUUGACCAAAAUAGACAGGAAAGUGUUAUAAAUUCUCGAUCGAUGAGUGCGGCUGCCCAAUACGGACAUUUAGAGGUAUUUAUCUAUUUACACAAGACCUCUAAAAAUAACAAUCAAUCCUAUUCAAGUUAUUCAUUCAAUAUGGCUGCUUAUUAUGGUCACAUCCAUGUUGUAAAAUAUAUAAUGUCAAGUGGAUUAGAAUACAAUUUAAAGUCUGGAUUAUCAGAUGCAAGAAGAAGUAGAAGGUAUCCAUACUUGUCUUUUAAUCGUGCAAUGGUUACAUUUCUAGAAGGUGAAUACAAGAAAUAUUUAGAAGAAAGAAAUCAAUCCUAUGAAAGUAGAUUACAACAUUUAUUACAUGAAUAA